GAAAAAAUUACUAUAACAAAAUAAUUUGUUUGAAUCUCGAAAUUCAAAACGUGUCACAUAAAUUGAAACUAACAAAUUAUAAACUUUUUUUGCAAUUCGAAACUCUUGAUUCGAGUCAUUUUCCUUUUAAUGAAUGAACAAGACACACUAUGCAAAUUCAAAUUAAGCAAACUAAUCAGUUUCAAAAAGCGGUUAAAAAAAAAGAGAGAAAUUGGACUCACUCGCCCACUCAAUUCUUCCCCUUUCUUCAAUAUAACGGCUAACAUCUAUUUCCCGCUCUUUCCCAUUUCCCCCUCAUAACUAUUUCUUCAUACACUAUAAAUAUAUACUCCUCUACGCUUCAAUACCCAUUCAAAAAAAAAAAAUACUAAAAGAAAUCCUCUACACAAAAAAUACACAAAAUACUAUUUCCCUUUCUCCUCCUUCUUCGUUUUCGUCUUCUUCAUUUCUCUGCAAAAUUCUUGAAAACCCGAAGCAAAAAUGCCGAAAAUCGACGCACUCCGUCGAUUUCUCCUGCCGUGUUUCACCUCCACACCAACAUCCCCAACACCACACCCACCCACCCUCACCAUCAAACGCCUCAGCACUUCUCUCCGCGACGAUCUCAUCGACUCGAAACCCGAAAAGAAAUCAUCAUCAUUAUCAGAUGAUCAAGAAGAUGAUUCAUACCCCACCACCCCAAUCACCAUCACCAGCACUACCACCACCGCCACGUCCCUCUCAGCUCCACCGCGCUCUUCCAAAACAAUGGUAAUCGGAACAAUCUUCGGCCAACGCCGCGGUGGACACGUCUGGUUCUGCGUACAACAUGAUCGUCUCAACACGAAGCCUUCCCUUCUUCUAGAACUUUCCAUCCCGACAACAACUCUCAUUCAAGAAAUGCAAUGUGGGUUAGUCCGACUCGCUCUCGAAUCCAAUCCCGGGUCGGGUCCCGGUUCAGAUCCGGAAUUGACCCGGGUCCAUCUUCAUUCAAUUCCUAUGUGGACUCUUUUCUGUAAUGGGCGUAAAAUCGGGUUUGCGGUUCUGAGACGGGCGACCCAAUCGACCCGAAUAAUACUGAAGACAAUGCAGUCAAUGACAGUCGGGGCGGGUGUAAUUCCGAAGCCUUCGGAUUCGAGUUUGGGUACAGCGUCCGAAGAAGUGUUGUAUAUGAGAGCUAACUAUGAGUGUAUUAUUGGAGGAGCGGAUUCGGAGUCUUUUCAUUUGAUUAACCCAGAUGAGGAGGGUCCGGGUCAAGAAUUCAGUAUCUUUUUGCUUCGAUCCAAGUGAAAAAGGAAAGUCAUGAAAUGAAAUUCAAGUUUCUUGAAAAUCAGAAAAUAUUUGGGUUUUCUGACUUUUUGGAAAAAACAAUUUUGGUCAAAAGGAUGAGUGAAGAAAACAAAAGGGGUUUUCUUGUGAAAGUUCAAGUUCCCAUAUUUGAGGAUUUCUUUUUUUUUUUUUUUGGCUAACAGCUUUUUGAAAAGAAAGCUAGUUUUUAAUUAUUGCUUUUUAGCCUUUUUCAAGAUUAGCUUAGCUUAAUCUAGUUUAGGACUAUUCUUUCUUUCAUUUUCUGGAAGUCUAUGGGGCAUAUGAGAAUCCUUAGGAGUAUAAGAAAUGUUAGCAAUGUAUGAAAAAAGAGUUAGUAGUAUUUUCCUUUUUCUGAAGUUUUGGCAUAGGAGUAUAUUCUCUUCUGUAUGAUAUUAAUUCCAAAUUCCAAUGUGAUAGAAGAAAUGAGUUCCUUCUUUUGCUA